UGCAAUCGACUCCAUACCAUACCAUACCAUUUCUCUCUACAUCUUAUUCUGUUUCUUCUACUUUCUCGAAACUCCGUUACUGCUUUGCUUUGGUGAAGGUCUGCGCUUCUUCUUCGAUUUUUCUUACUUGUUGCAUGUUUGUUUGUUCCUCUGUUGAUCAGUGAAGUGUGAAGCGACGCCAUUUCGUUCUCAACUUGGUUUGAUGGAGUGCGUUUCUCUGUGAUCUCAAGGGGAAUCCGGCGAUGAUUGUGUUAAUGCGGUGCCUGAUGCUUGAUUCUGGUUUCGCUUUUGCGGUUUUGUUUCCUCGAAUUAUAUGAAAUGUUUGAUUGGAACGACGAAGAGCUAGCUAACAUAAUAUGGGGUGAAGGAGGUGAGAGUGAUGAUCAUAUUGUGCCUUAUCCAGAGAUAAAUAAAGAUGUUAGCAACAAGAAAGAAUUCAAUCAGGAAGCUUCUACAACUAAGCUCACGGAGUUGAAGAGACCAGAGGCUAAAAGUGAUUUUUAUGAAAGAAAGCUUGGAAGCAGUUCCAACCUGGAUAAUAGUGUAGAAUUACCUGUCUCAGGAUAUGGAACAGAUGCCUGGCCUGACUUGUCUUUGUCCAGUUCAGCUAAAAUUGAUCAGGGAACCCUUGGUACUGAAGUAUCUAAAAAUUUCAGAGAACUUGGCAAAUUCAGUUCAAGAAUUGGAGAAUCUAAACAGCAUGAAAAGGAUGCUGAAAUUUUCCGAAGUGCUAAUGAAGGUAAAGAGCAAGGUGAUUUUGUUGAUUAUGAAUGGGCCAACAUAGGAAGUUUUGAUGACCUUGAUCGAAUUUUUAGCAAUGAUGACCCUAUAUUCGGUCAUGUAAGUCUUGAUAAUUCUAAUGACCUUUGGUCCUCCAAAGAUGUGACCAACAAUCCAGCACCUUUACCAUUGGAUACACCAAGUUUGUCUGGUGCUUUGAGGAACGGAACUGAUCCUUUGGAAAUCAAAGAAGAGUAUGUUCAAUGUAAUGGUGGCAAAUCGUUGGACCUCAGCUAUGAGAAGAUUGGGAUUCCUGCAUCCCAAGUUUUACAAAAUUCAUGCACAAUCACAGGUAAUGCGGGAAAUGAUGGAGUUAGAAGCAAGCCUACUGAAAAGGAACGGCAGGUUUUUAGGCAAAAGAAUCUUUUGAAAACUCGGAAAAAAUCACAGGUAAAACAAGAGGAGAAUAACUUGCAAGAUUUUUAUGGUAAUUGGUCUCCUUCAGUAGCACUGGCAAGACAAUUUGAGAAUGAAUUAUCACCAUCUGUCAUACAAUCUUCUCCCUCUCCAAUUCUUGGUCAACAAAAGCAGAUCCAAGGAGCUGAAACCUUAUUUCAGAAUAUUGUAAAUCCAUAUGCGGCGUCUUCUGUGUAUGAGAACCUUACUGGUACAUAUCCUGCUAUGCCAAUGCUGUCGCAGACUUCAUCAGGUGAUCUUAGGCAGCAGCCUGUGCUUUCUGGGUACGAGGUGUCUCCUGGUAUAAUGAAUCCUGUGAAAAAUUCUGUGGACUCAUUCAAACCUCAAAUCAUGACUCCUCAGGAGAAAAUUGAAAAAUUGAGGAGGCGGCAGCAAAUGCAGGCACUGAUUGCUAUUCAGAAACAACGGCAACAAUUGGGCCAUCAAGUCCCUAGUAAUAGCAAAUCAAGCACCCAGAAAUGCCCUCCAGAAAUCCCAAGUCAUCUCAGUGACGGGACUGAUGAAGAUCUAAGAAUUCCUCCUGCUCCAGAUCCACCUAUUGAACAAGAUGAUUCUAAUACAAUGUCAGUAGCAGUUGGAAAUGAUUUUGUUGAAGACACCAUAUUUUACCAACUUCAGGAUAUUAUAUCAAAGUUGGAUAUCAAAAUAAGACUCUGCAUCAGAGACAGUUUGAUCCGGUUGGCACAAAGUGCAACUCAAAGGCAUUAUGCUAGUGAUACUAACAGUACAAACAAAAGUAGCAGAGACGAACUUGAAGUUGUGGCAAGAGAAGAAAGCAACAGUCAAAAUAGAUAUGCCAGGAUGCCAGAUGUUGAAACAGAAACGAAUCCCAUUGAUAGAACCAUAGCCCAUUUACUUUUUCAUAGUCCUGUGGAGCUAACCCAGAACUAUUCUGACAAGCUUGAGUCACCUGUUUCUACUAAGGUGCAAUGUGAAAGCAAAGCAGCUAACCUGGUGAACUUUCCCAUGAGUUGCUUACCAGACGAUGACUCGAAAAACAAUCAACAACUUUCUCACCUUGGGCUGAAGAAUUCCUGGUUUGAUACCCAGUCUAUGGAUCAAAUUAGAAACAGUCCCUGCCUAGACACUUCUGAGAAUGCAUCCAACACGCAGGAACUUGAAGCCUCUCAAUGAAGAAGAAAGAGGGCUCUCCAGAUAUUUGAAGCCACUCAGAUCAUAAGCAAGCACAGUUAUCGCUGUAGAAUCCUGGGAACCAGUUUCAUGGUUGUCAUAUUAUUAUCGUUUCUUCUGUUUCAAAACAUGACGGAGUGUGUAUAUCAGUAUCUGACCAUACUUAAGGUCGCGAGUGCUAUGUUGUAUCGUUCAUAACUGCAACAAAAAUGCCUAGCACUCAGAUGUCAAAUUUAAGUCUUUGACUGACUGACUUAGACCAGGUUUUAAAGUUUAUGUCGUAUUUCUUUAAGUUCUGUCACUAUUUGAGAUUGAGCCAUAAACUUAAUAUUUUUAAUGUGAAUUUAACUUUUUCA